UUUCUUAUCCGCCCCUGGAUAGGAGCACACCCGCGUGCGAGCACACGCACAUGCACGCGCUAGCUGCGAAUACACCAGAGCUCUCCAGUCAGUACGACGUAGCGUAGCAGAAACACCGAAACGUAACGAAAUAGCGAGAUAUUUUCCCGAGGAAUUUUACAGCUGCUCGGCUCGCUAGCUGACGGCAAAGCAGGCAUGGACGACAAGUCAUUCACCAAGGAGCUGGACGGAUGGAUCGAACAACUGAACGAGUGCAAGCAGCUGACAGAGAAUCAGGUCAAAGUCCUCUGCGAAAAGGCCAAGGAGAUCUUGACAAAAGAGUCCAAUGUGCAGGAGGUGAGAUGCCCAGUGACAGUGUGUGGAGAUGUCCACGGACAGUUUCACGACCUGAUGGAGCUGUUUAAGAUUGGAGGGAAAUCUCCGGACACUAAUUACCUCUUCAUGGGAGAUUAUGUUGACAGAGGCUACUAUUCUGUGGAGACUGUUACACUUCUGGUUUCUCUUAAGGUAAGGUUCCGCGAACGGAUCACAAUUCUCAGAGGGAACCACGAGAGCAGACAGAUCACGCAGGUGUACGGUUUUUACGACGAGUGCUUGAGGAAAUAUGGAAAUGCCAACGUUUGGAAGUACUUUACAGAUCUGUUUGAUUAUCUUCCCCUUACCGCGCUGGUAGAUAACCAGAUAUUCUGCCUACAUGGAGGAUUAUCCCCAUCAAUAGAUACACUGGAACACAUCAGAGCGCUGGAUCGCCUGCAGGAGGUUCCUCAUGAGGGUCCAAUGUGUGACUUGUUAUGGUCAGAUCCUGAUGACCGCGGUGGCUGGGGCAUAUCACCACGCGGUGCUGGCUACACUUUCGGGCAGGACAUUUCUGAGACAUUCAACCACGCAAACGGUCUCACUUUGGUUUCAAGAGCCCACCAGCUGGUUAUGGAGGGUUAUAACUGGUGCCACGACCGCAAUGUAGUGACGAUCUUCAGUGCACCAAACUAUUGCUAUCGUUGUGGAAACCAGGCAGCAAUCAUGGAGCUUGAUGACACGUUGAAAUACUCCUUCCUACAGUUUGACCCUGCACCACGCAGAGGAGAGCCCCACGUGACGCGGCGUACGCCAGACUAUUUCCUGUAAAGAUCACUGCUGAGAACGGUAAUGGGCUGCACAGAGGCUUGGGGAAAAGAAGCAUUCAAUCCCUCUCCCCUGAAAAUGUGUGCCAUAAUUACAAUAAAAUGGAAACUGUAACGUCUAGAUGAACACCACCGUCCUUUUAACUCCUUCCUCUCUGUGCAUGAUGUUUUAAUUGCUAGAAAUGAUUGCUACUAUGAACAAUACUGUCAUAAUACCUGCUGGAUUGUCAGGAAACAUGAAUGAACUAACGCUGAGAAUAACGACUAGAUGUUGAUAAGCAGAGUGUGUCGCCACAUACAGUAUAUACGCUGCAUCUUUCACUCGGCAUGGCCUCAAACAAAAGGUUGCAGUGCAUACAAUGUGAACUCUUUUCUUUUUGUAACCGAAGCGAAAGUGCUUAUUUUGUGAGAUGAUAGAAACGAGUAUGUUCUCUUUGCACUUUUGUAUUUGAUUUUUAUCACAUGGCACUGACAAACUUUGUUCUUUUUAUAUCCCGUUAUAGUGUAAGUAGUUCUCUUUCUGCUGUCUCAUAUCCCAUACGGAAAAGAUAUAUAUAAAUCUUAUAAAGUUUGUAUCUGUCUUGUGUGAAACUUGUAUGAAAAGCAUAUAAGAGUGAAAACAGAUAUAAAAUCCCUUGAAAAGUUA